AAAAAAAAAAAGGACAAAAUCCUACUUCACAUUCUUUCAUCGUAAUUAUUUGACAUUUUUGGGUUUAGUGAUGGGCUUAUUUAAAAGGGGCAUAUUCAACCCUUACAUAUUGUUAAAAAAUCUUGGAGAACACGGAAAUUCAUCUUUCCAUUUUCGCAAUACUUUUCUUUCUUUCCACUUUUAAUUUCGUUUAAAGAAAAAAAUAUAGGGUUUAAUGGUUCUUUGAUUCUACUUUUUCAUACAGUUGUAAACAUCAGAAAAAAAGAGCAAAACCGAUGGGAACUCCGGAUACUACAAGAGAACCAUGUCCCGACCGUAUCUUAGAUGAUAUGGGCGGUGCGUUCGGCAUGGGUAUAACCGGAGGAUCCGUCUAUCACUUCAUCAGAGGAAUCUACAACUCUCCCGCCGGCGCUCGUCUCUCCGGCGGCGCACAGUAUGUACGUAUGAACGCUCCUAAAGUCGGAGGAAGCUUCGCCGUAUGGGGUGGUCUGUUCUCGACCAUGGACUGUGCCAUGGUGUACGCUAGACAGAAGGAAGAUCCAUGGAACUCUAUCAUUGCCGGCGCCGCCACUGGAGGUCUUUUAUCGCUGCGCCAAGGCUUCCGCGCGUCUGGUAGGGCGGCUUUGUUCGGAGGUGCGAUUUUAGCUCUCAUACAAGGAGUCCAGCUGAUCGCUGCAGACAAAGUCGCGAGUGCUGCGCAGCAACAGCAGGUUUUCAUGGGUGAAGCGGCCUCGUUACCACCUGCUCAGGUUUAUGGACAGUCCGUGCCUGUGCCGGAGACUUCAUCUGCUUCGGAGGCAGGGUCGGGAUCUUGGUUUGGAGGUUUGUUUGGGAAAGGGAAGCAGAAGGGGUCUGAGGAUAAGAGUGGGAGCAAAACUCAGGUUCUUGAGAGCUUUGAUGCGCCUCCUGUACCAACUUACGAGUUUAACUAAUCUGUCUUGGACUUUUUUUUUUUUACUAAUAUAUAAGUUUUAGAGCUUAAUAAUUAGUUUCUAUGAUUAUUAUUCUGCAAAAAAGGCUCGGUAAGGUUUUAUAAUCUUUUUAGUUGUUGACUUGGAUUAUUAUAAUGUAUGGUUGUAUGUAAAACUAGAAGUUAUUAUUACAUAUUGUCUGCACUCGUUCUGAAAAAAUGGCUCAGUGUUUUUACUGAAAUUAAGAAAGUAAGGUGAAAGAAAAGUGAGAAGUGAAGAAAUUAUGAAAAAGUAAACAUAUGUCUUAGACGACCGGAUAGAGCUAGUGUGAUCAAAGUAAAUCGACAAUAAUGUUAGUAAGUUAAGAUAGAUAUACUACGACAUCACCGAGAGAUAUAUAAUAGUAUUGGACAAUGUUGAUUUGUAACUAGUUGAGCUUUAAAGGAAGUCAUGGUCUUUGUUGAAAACUGCAGAAAAUUGCAGAUUUUUCUUCAUAUUUCUUUUGUUCUGUUCUUGUUCAAAAAGAAAAGAGAGGAAAGUUUUGUGUAUAUAUCAGUAAGAGAGAGUAACAGAAGUAGAUAGAGAAAUAUGAAGUAGAGAACUGAUUUUUGCUUGCUUACAUUACACAACAUUGGCCAUUACAUAUAUACAGAGAAAACAGAACACUCUUGAUCUUUUCCAUAUAGCCUUAUUUUUGACUUAGCCUUAGCACUCUCCAUAUCUAGCCCAUAUUUUUUAAGUUAUACUUGGACUACUGCAACAAGCAAACUCAAGAGACUUUUACAAAGACUUUAACAAACCAACACAAUAACAGUCUUUCUUUUCAUUCACUAUUUCUCCAAAUACUUCUCAUUAGAUCGAGGACAAGUCACCCAACGUAUCGAGUAAGACAUAUAAUAUUAGAAAACAUAUUUUAUCUAAAUUUUUAGUAAUGUUUAUAUUUCUUUCAUAAUAAUAAUAUUUUAUUAAAAAAAUAGCAUUGUUUUACAAAAUUUUAUUAAUAAAUGUAUUUUUUUUUUGUCAACAUUUUUAUUAAAGGACCAAAGCCCAAACAUUACAAGCAGAUUCAAUCCCUUCAAAUUUUACAUUCAGCCCAGUCGAAGCCCAAUUAUAAACAUGAUAAAGAUUAAGAGAACACGUGUUUUGUGUUAAAUAAAUCCUAAUGCAUGAACGACACGUGUUCUGGAAACUGGAGAUGGCGCCAUCGGUUUCGCCGGAAACCUACCCGAACAGCAACCUUCAGCUACAACCUUCGGCCUGUUGAUCUACUUGACCGCUCCUCCAUUCCUUGUUCGCCGUCGAUUCUACUCGAUUCUUCAUCUUCUCGGUAGAGGUGAAUUACGGUGAGUAGCUUCAGAGAGAUAGAGGCAGGGCCUUGC